AUGCCCAACCCACCCACACCCCUAGAACAAACCCUCCACACCCACCUAACCUCCCGCCUCCACCACUCCACCCUCCGAACCCUCUCUCUCCCCCUUCCCCAUCAAAUCGACUUUUCCUCCAACGACUUCCUCUCCCUCUCCACCUCGCACCCCCUCCGCGCCCUCUUCCUCUCCCUACUCCCGCACCACCCCCUCGGCAGCGGGGGCUCCCGCCUUCUCGACGGCAACUCCGCCCUCGCAGAAUCCCUCGAGGCAUCCAUCGCCUCCUUCCACGGAGCAGAUGCGGGCUUGCUUUUCAACAGCGGAUUCGACGCCAACGCAGGUUUCUUCGCGGCGGUGCCGCAGAAAGGGGAUACAGUGGUGUACGACGAAAAGGUGCAUGCGAGCGUGCAUGAUGGGAUGAGGUUGUCUCGGGCGGCGAGGAGGGUGGCGUUCCGGCAUAAUAGCAUUGAAGCACUGAGGGGCGUGUUGGAGGCAGAGAGGGACAAGGCGGGACGGUGCAAUGUUUUCGUCGCGGUAGAGUCGGUGUACAGUAUGGAUGGGGACGUUGCGCCUUUACGGGAGAUGGUGGAUGUGGCGGAGGAGGUGCUGGGCAAGGAGCGAGCGUACGUAGUUGUUGAUGAGGCGCAUGCGACGGGGGUGCUGGGGCUGAGGGGACGCGGGCUGGUGAGUGAGUUGGGGUUGGAAGGGAGGGUGUUUGCGCGGUUGCAUACGUUUGGGAAGGCGUUGGCGGGGAAUGGAGCUAUCCUUCUGGGCUCGCAUACGUUGCGGCAUUAUCUGAUUAAUUAUGCGCGGCCCCUGAUUUAUACGACUUUCCUUUCGUAUCCGUCACUUGUUCUUAUACAGGCGUCUUACGAGAUGCUGAAGUCGGGUCAGAGCGAGAAGCUGCAGGCGAAUCUUCAUGACCUCAUCCGGACGCUGUAUGCGAAGCUUGAGGGACUUCAGAAGACUUCUAGCCAUGCGUGCCGUUUACUGAAGAUCCCGUCAGUGUGUCCUAGAUCACCUAUCUUCGCAGUGCAGUUGACGAAUCCAAAAGCACUUGCGAGCUCACUGCAAGAGCAAGGCAUGAUGGUGAGAGCUGUUGUAUCACCGACCGUACCCAUCGGCACAGAAAGAGUCAGGAUAUGUCUGCAUGCCGGAAAUACAGUGGCAGAGAUUGAGAAACUAGUACUGGCGCUCAAGAGGUGGUGUGAAAGUCAAGCUGAAGGGAACACGGAACGCCAACCCCUUGACCCAUCAAAGAGAGCAAGACUCUAA